AUGGCGACUAACUUUCUAUUCAAACCCAGUCGUUCAUUUAUUCCUGAAUUAAAACAUGCAUUUGAAGAGAAAGUUAGAUUUGGUUAUGGUAGAACACAUUUAAGAAAUACUUUAGCAUGUCAACAAAUUAUUGACAAAUUAAAUUUAAAAUCAAAUUUUAAACCUGGUCAAUUUGAUAUAGUUGAUGCUAAUCCUGGAUAUGGAUUAUUUUCAUCUAUGUUAAAUUAUGAAUUACAACCAAGAAAUCAUAUAUUAAUUGAAAAUAAAGAACGAUGUUGUAUUGCUUGGAAAAAAAUUAUAGAUCAUUUGGAUUCACUUGGAUAUAACCAUAAUUUAAAACUAUAUGAAAAAGAUCCUUAUGAAUGGCAAACAUAUACUGAUUUGAUUCAAAAAGAUAAUCUUAUAAAUCCAGUGAAAAAAUCAUUUGAUAAAUUAAAUGAUGAAUUGUUAAUUAUAGCAAAUUGGUCAGGUGAUAAAGAUGAAUCAACAAUUGCUCAAUGGAUAGGUUGUUGUGGAGAUAGAAAUUGGUUAAUGAAAUAUGGGAAAGUUAAAAUGAUUAUAUUUAUGCCACUUCCAACAGCUAGGAAAUUUGUUGCACUUGCAGGAUAUAAAAAAAGAAAAAGAACAGGAUUAAAAGUUGAUAUGUUUACUGAAUCUAAAUUGAUUGCAUUUUCUGAUGUUAAUAUACCAUGUGGAAAUGAAUUUGAUCCAAGAGUUUUAGUAAGAGAUCAACCUAUUCCUAUUGAAAAACAAUCUUCUAUUAGAAAUGAUGAAUUUGCAGUUGUGGAAUUUUCACCUGGUAAACUUACUUCUGAAAUGAUUUCAAAUGUUGAUCAUUUAUUACUGCCUAUUUUCCUUGGUCAUAAAACACUCAGAGAAUCAAUUCCAAUAUUUGCUCCUGGUGCUGAAUAUAUGUAUAAAUUUCUUCCUGAUUCAACUUUAAAUAAAACUCCAUAUGAAUUGGAACCUAAAGAUAUUCUUUUGCUUUCUGAAGCUUAUGAAAAAUGGCCAUUCAAACCAACAGUUGAAGAAUUGUAUGAUAUUGAUCUUACAUCUCCAGCAUAA